CUGGAUUGUCAACAAGGUUCGUCCCUUUGCCUGCACCACCCCGCAGCAGAAAACAAAGGCGGCCCCCCAGACGCCACUGCAACACACAGACCACCAACACACCUCGUGCACUCCAGCCACCGGCUGCCUUGCCCCCGUGUGGUCAGUGCCAGAGCAAAGAUUCCCUCGCUGUUUUGUCCAUCCUUCCAGUUCUUCUUACUCCCCAUCAUUUGCAUUUCUUCACUUGGCAGAUACCCGUUUAAAUAAAACACAUAUGAAGAGCUACAGAAGCAAGAAGUACACCUAUGCUAGUCAGCCAGGAAAUAAAGUACUUCACUUAUGAACUGGAAUGAUACAAAAGCUACACACAUCAACUUGCUGGCUACAAGAGGGUCCCAGUAAACCUCAGGUGCAGAAAACCUCUAAAAAGUCACAGGUGACAAGCCCUCAGUCCACGGAAGAAACUGGCAAGAAGAUAAGGGAAGAAAAGCGAUCUUUUGGAUAAAAAAUUAUGAAUGAACUUAAAUAUUAUUACAAUGGGUUCUAUUUGCUUUGGAUAGACACCAAAAUGGCUGCCAGAAGUUGGAGGCUGUUGCAUGGACAGGUGCUGGCUAGAUGAGAGAGACGAAGGCUGUUGAGAACAGAUUUCUUCCGCCUGGUUCCAUUUACGGUGUUCAUAAUUGUACCCUUCAUGGAAUUCUUACUCCCAGUAUUUCUGAAACUCUUCCCAGAGAUGUUACCAUCAACUUUUCAAAGUGAAUUUAAAAAAAGAACAACAGAAAAAGAAAAGGCCUCAAAGUUGGAACUAGCAAGAUUUCUUCAAGAAACAAUUACAGAAGGCAGGAGGAUCGGGGCCAAGUUGGGAGAUGCCUCUACACAGUUCUCAUUCUAUGUUAAACAGGUCCAGACCAGCCACAAGCCCAGCACAAAGGAGAUACUUAGCUUUUCCAAACUAUUUGAGGAUCCGCUCACCCUGGGGCACCUAGAUUGAUCUUAGCUGGUGGCCCUUUGCAAACUGCUAGAAUUGCAGUCCUUUGGAACCAACAAUUUGCUCUGCUUUCAGCUCCUGAUGAAACUGAAGUCUAUAAAAGCAGAUGAUGAAGCAAUCGCCAAGGAGGGGGUGAAUUCUUUGAGCGUGUCAGAGCUACGAGCUUCAGAGCUACGAGUUGUCUGCAGGGCCCAAGGGAUGAGGUCCCUGGGUCUUACCGAGGGACAACCGAGACAGCAGCUCACAGAGUGGCUAGACCUCCACCUGAAGGACAAUGUCCCACUUUCCCUCUUGCUCUUGUCAUGAACCUUCACCCUGAUAGAUGUGAAGCCAAAACCAAUGGAGAUACCACUACAUGGGGAGGCUCCAAAGAUGGAUACUCCCAUUUCCCCUGAAUCUAAGGAGAACAUGGUGGAUUUAGCACCUCAACUGAAGGGAACAAAGGAUGAUGAAGAAUUAGUAUAACCGCCACCAGUCACAUGGUCAUCCACAAUGCCAUCAGCACCUCUCUCGUUACCUAAAGGAUCCAUCACUUCUGCUAAAGAAACUACACUCCUGGCUGAAUCACAAAGGACCACCCAGAACCCCGGAAGCAAGGCUACUUCGAAAGGAGCAUAAGGCCUGCUGGACGAUGAGGCUCAUGCUCUCCACCUGUCUGCCCUCAGCAGUGGCAUCCAAAUUGGACCCCCUGCUAGGACCUUGAGGACAAGAUCAGCCAUUCAUUCAGUCCUUUGAAGGCCUCAUCCCCAUUCCAGAUGUGAGACCAAGUUCAGACAGUUUUCAGAGAACAUAACUGCAAAGCCCGUUUCCUCUGUUCCAUUAUGUCAUCCCACUAAACUUUGUGUAAGGCCCACCAACCCUCAUGUUAUUUUUGAACAGCUUUGUAUUUGUACCCGUGUCCUUCAAGGGAGGAAAUGUUUUGCAUCAUGUCAUGAGCCUGGCGUCUUAGAUAGCUCGGACUCCCAUGGCUUGGUAACCUAAGAACUUGGAAAUUACAAAAACCACUGUAAGAGUCCUGACCUGCUUUUCCAGAGUGAUCCAUCAGUGGGAAUAGUGCCCUGGAAAUAAAGGACCUUAGGAGAUGGAGUGGAUGUACUCCCCAGUAUGGUCCUUCUGGAUAUGAAGAAAAGGCUUCUGAGAGAAGAAAACGGACUGUUAAACAGACUGGCAGUCAAAUGGUUUGGCUGUUCUGAGACACCCCCACCCGGGCCUAGAGGCUGCAGGCUCUGGGAGGCCACCAUGGUAGCACACAUGGCUUUCAUUAGCCACCGUUUUUGCUAGGAAACAUAAUUAAGGGUUUAAGACUUAACUAUUUGUUUGUGCUGGGUGUGUGUUUUUCUGGUCUGUUUGUCUUUCACCAACAAGACUAUUUGCUAGUCACAGGGGUUGUUAAAAGUCUGAUAUGACCGCUGUGCUACCCAGUAACGAGUGUUACAUUCAGGUAUUUAUGAUUGGUGUUUCCAGUAUAGUCUAUACUGAGAAAAAUGUAAUAAGAUUGCUGACCAACAGCUUUCAGGCCUUGGGGACAGCUUUAGUAGGGAAAAGAUAUUUUGGCCUGUAGUUGAGAAAUUAUAUUUCUUUACUUGUUGUGGAAUUUAAAGCCAUUAGAUGGGAGACAGUUAAACCAAGUAAAGCUGAAACCUCCCUGUCUGGGAUCAGCUAAGUGGGGACUGGGAUCAGCACUUUACAUCAAGGAUAUGACUUUAAAAUGCUUCCUGAGGACCAGCCCACCACGUCUGCUAAUGAGCUCGUUCCUGGAGAACCAGGAGGCCUCACCGUGCAGCAUUCCAUAGAUGGCACCAUUGGCCUGCAAGGCGAUUCACAAUAAAUCUUCCCAUUUUUAAAAUGGUGGUGCUUUUUAAAAUUAGUUCACAAUUUAAGUGUUGAAUGUGGAAAAGGGAUUAGCUAGUUAACUUGCAAAAUCCUGUUUUGGCUGAAUGAUUCACGUGGACAGUUGGGCGGUUCGAACAAUCCUUUCUGGCUUUCUCUGCAGGCAGAGUGGGAAUGGUUAGGUCGAGGGGACCCUGGCCACUUGUCCAGAUGACCGUCACCCAUUUUUCCUGCAUCCAAACAUCUAGACCCUGGAUAUACCUCUUCUCCCAUGCUUAGGACAGUAGCUAGAGAAGCCAAGGAUGUUUCUUUGUUCUUGUCCCUUAGAGCCCUUGACUGUUGGGCUCUAUGGUAGUAACUUCUAGCCCCAUGCUAAAAUGAGAGCUAGUGGUGAUCUGGUAAAUGAUUACCAACUAACUCUGGCAGGGGUGGGGUGUGAUUUGCAUUGUGGAUUCCAGUGAUGUAAAUACUCCCACAGGGCUGAUUCCAAGCCACGACCAGGAGGUCACUCUACCACCCAAGUUGGGAAGAGAUGUGCACUGUUAGCCUGAGCACCAGCUCCAGCAUGCACUGGCCCUCUUGAGUAACAAGAGACAAACUAGUUUGGCAGAGUGUUCAUUAUGUGACAUUUCUGUGCUCCAAUGCAAGCAUUGAGGUGGCAGUACAGUAAAAAUGGCCCUGAAAACUCUUAGGUGCCCUAUCUUCCUGAACACCUGGCUCCUGCUGACCUUCCCUGUCCCACUCUCAACUGAGGGAAUGGAUGGCUGUGCCAAACUGCCAGAACGCUUUCCCCGUACCCUGCAGACGCAUACACCUUAGCUGUACCAGAUGCUAAUCACCGUACUGGUAUAGGUCUAGGCAAUUUCUGAAACCUAACUUCUGUGCUGUCAGACUUGGUCUGUGUCUCAUAUACAGAGGACUGCUACAACAGAGAGGUGCUGGUGGCACUUGACAUUUAUCACCUGUUGUGCAUAAUUCCGUACUUCAGUCAUUACAGAAUAACUCACACUGGCGGCAUCAGAUCAAUACUCUGUAAUGCUAAAGCCUAAAGAUUUCCCAGUCACUGUACCCACACCAUACGUUAAGGUCAGACUAACGCAGCUUCAGAGCAGAUCCGCACAUUACCUAAUACUGAGAAUUGGGUCUGCCGGCUCCUCCCAGUGGUGGCUGACAGACACAGCUGCCUCACUGUUGUGGAGACAGAUUUCUAGCUUCAUCUGAGAUCAAUACAGUGCAUUAGCGGUGCCAAGGGACUGAGGACCCCACAGCCUAUGGCAAUUAGAAAAAGCAGCAGGGCAGUAUUGAUUCAUGUUGUGGUGGUUCCAGGCCCUCAUCUUUUAACCCACAGGAAACUAGACAGAUUCAGUGCCUUGACAGCAUAACGUCUUCAUUAGAUAACUGGAUCCCUUUCCUCAGGAGACUCGAUCUGGUCAUUUAAAUAAAAUGGCCAUUUCAUUUUCUCUCAGGUCAGCUUCUCUAUUUUUUAUUUGACAGCCGGCUCAGUCUCUGGGGAAAUCCACAGGUGAUUUGGGUUGUACCAGGAAGGACAUGACAGUUUUAAUAAUAGUGCCUUGUAAUUCCACAGCACCUCUCCGGAAGGCAUA